AUGGACGCCGCGCCGAUGGAGGACUCGACGCAGCUCGCGACGACGACGGCGCAGGACCUCGCCUUAAUACCAGAGAUGGACGACGCGAUGACGCGAAUCGCCGCAUCGACCAUAAAGUUCACCGACAAGGUCGCGUCCUACACCUUGAAAUUCAUGGUUUUUUAUGCGGUGCUCUGCGUCUAUGUGCUGAAUCAGUUAAACACGCUGCCGCGCUGUUCGUCUGGACGACGGUGCGCGACACCGAUGCUCGAUCUGACGCAAGACGUCGACGUGUUGAUCCACGCGUCGCUGUCCGGCGACGUCGAUACGAAUGUCGCGCCGACGUACGUCGCGCGCAAUGCCUCGGGCAAAUCCUACGACGCCACGAUCCCUCUGAGCGCGGACGUGCGCAAGGGCGGCGCGCCGCUGACGGCCCACGUCUUCCUCCUUCCAUCCAGACAAGGCGACUGGGACUGGUCCAACGACACCGCGGCGUUGGCACGAGCUUUUUUUGUCGGCUCCGCGCCCUUGACGGUUUUGCGACGCGUCACGAGCCAGCGCAUGAAGCCGCGGAAGCUGCUCCAGGCGGACGCGUAUGUCGAUCGGGACGAUGUUGGGAGCACGGCGUCGCACUGGCGGUUCGGGCGCUGGCCUCUCGUCGUCCGGAUGUUGGAUGGGGGCGACUUGGAUUACGAGCGGGCCAUCCUGGAGCAGCAGCACCACCUGGGCGUGGGCAUCCGGGCGCGCCACGGGCGCUACUUCCCGGUUGUCCACGUCGACGAAAGUCUGGCGUUGGCCACGCACGCGCUGCCGAUCUCGCGGAACACGUCGUUUCCGGACCCUAUCCUAAAGCUCCAGGUCAAGACGGCGUCUCCAUUACAUUUUGGGCUGCGGAAGACGCUGGCUUCGCAGUUAUUGCAGUUCGCUGCCGUCGCCAUGCCCGAGGCGCAGGUCGACGAGUUGCGGUGGCAGAUCUCGGACCGGCGGGUGUUUCGCUUCGCCGCGCAGCAGCUCGUGUCCUUAGUACACGUGGCCUUCGACUACCUGGCCUUUUCCGAGGACGUCGGCUUCUAUGUCGGGCGGGAGACCUUUCAUGGUAUAUCAAAAGCCUCUCUGGUGUGGAACCUGGUGCGCGAUUUGAUUCUGUACCUGUACCUCCAGGAGCAGGAGGCGGGGUUAGUUGUAUUAUUUGGGCUGAUGCUGGCUUUACUAUCGGACUUCUUCAAGAUCCAGCGCGUUUUAAAACCUGCGUUAGUUAUACGGCCGCGGUUUCCCCUCUUCUUUAUCGUGACGGCGCCAUUAAGGACGCCGCCGGCGAAGGCGACGGCCAAGUACGACAAGGAGGCGACGUCCCAUUUAUACCUUGCGACGUUCCCCAUGCUCUUCGGCGUCGCGUUGUACUCGUUAGUGCACGACGUCCACCGCACGUACUAUGGAUGGAUCGUGUCGUCGUUGGCCGAUUUGGUCUAUUACUUCGGCUUCAUCAUGAUGACGCCCCAGCUCUACAUAAACUACAAGCUGCAGUCUGUCGCGCACCUCCCGAUCCGGGUCUUCGCGUACAAGAUCUUCAACACGUUCGUCGACGACGUCUUCGCCUGGGUCGUGAAGAUGCCGCUGAAGCACCGCCUCAUGACGCUGCGCGACGACGUCGUCUUCGUCGUGUUCCUGUACCAGUGGUGGACGUAUAGGAUCGAUUCGACGCGGCCGAACGAGUACGGUUUUGCGGCGGACUACGGCGGUGUUCAGGCGGCUGCCGAGGACUCGUCGGAUUCGGAGGAGGAGGAUUAA